CUUGUUUUAAAGGCCGUCCGUUCCACGCCCCCAUCCUUCCCUUCAUCGUUUUACAACUUCAUAUUUACACCAACCGCAACGACGACCUGUUCCUCUUCUUCUCUUCAUCUUUCGUCUUCUUGGCAAACACUUUUUAUUUUAUUCUUUUCAUUCUCUAUGUUCCUUUUGUAUCUUCUCGUCUUCUUUGUCCAUGGAUGAUACUAAAUGUUCAUCAGAAUACUUGUUCCAUCCAAAUUAAAGGUUUGAUAUUUUAAGAUCAUCAUCAGAAAGAUCACCAGGCCGUUGACAAAUGGAGGGCUCUGUCGGCGUUGGAUUCAUGGCAGUAUUUGCGGUCUCGGGAAGCGUAGUUCUCCUUGUUCAUCAAGUCCAUAAGCGCCUUCUCUCCGAUUUCAUGAAAAAAGUCGAGUCCGAAUUGGGAUCUGGGAAACGGCGAGCCAAUAAGAAGAAGGUCCGAUUUGCAGACGAUGUUAAAGAACCAUCAUCGAAUAACAAAGAGUACCGUAAGAGGCAGUACUCUCUGAAUCAUAACAAGCAAUAAAAGUCUUCAAUGAAGUGUGUGUGUGUGUAUAUAUAUAUAUGCUUCAGCGCUCCAUUUUUUUUUUUUUUUUAAUCUUGGUUGCCGAUCAUGAUCGUGAUGGGGGUGGUGUUUAAUCCCAACAUCUGAUGUAGAGGUUUUCAUAUUUUGUUUUUUGGUAGUAAAUAGCUCUUCGGGGGUGCUGUUGAAAAUGUCAGAAGCCCCCAUAGAUGGUAGCGAUCUUUGAUUAUGUUUUGGCAACGUAAAUGGUAGUGCUUUAGCUACUUUCGUUGACCAAACUUUAAGAUGGAACCUUGAGAUAUUCAGUACAGUAACAUGUGUUUCAAGGCCA